CAGACACAUUUUAGCUAUCGACGCGGUGGGAAGUGAGUGUUUUGCUGACGGCUUAACUAUUUUUUUUAAAAACUUAUGUAGCAAGAGGCGAUUUUUUCUUCCGUUGGACAUUUUCUAAGUAUUCAAGUAAUAAACUGCGUCAACAGAAUGAGGGACAACGAAAAAGGACCCGUCAUCGGCAUCCGACACAUGCAGGCCCUCCUCUUAUUCUUGGCCAUCGUCGUGAACUACACAGCCCGGCUCAGCGUUAGCGUAGCAAUAGUUGCUAUGACGGAUGCGGCCACUACUAACUUGGACUUUCCUGAGUACAACUGGAAUGGUGUGCAGCAAUCAUACAUUCUGUCCAGCUUCUACUGGGGAUACAUCGUCACUCAAUUUCCAGCCGGUUUUCUCGUUCGCCGCUUCGGGGCUAAGGCGGUGCUGCUCGUCCCCACGCUGGCUACGGCCGUCCUGAGCGGUCUCACACCGUAUUGCGUGGCCUGGGGUGGCUGGCAGGCUUUUUGCACCAUCCGGAUUGUGGAGGGUCUUUUUCAAGGUCUAAUCUUUCCGUGCAUACAUGAGCACCUGGCCAAGUGGUCUCCGCCAGAGGAUCGAAACCGACUGGGCGCCUUUGCGUACUCUGGAGCCGACUGCGGAUCAGUGCUGGCCAUGGCUAGCAGCGGUCUUAUUGCGAAUGGAUCAAUGGGCUGGCCUGGAAUUUUCUACGUGUCGGCGGGCACUUGCGGGCUGUGGUGCCUACUGUGGGUGCUAUUCGGCGCUAACAACGCGCCCAGUUCCCGGCUAAUCGGUUCCCGGGAACGGGAGCACAUCGAGCGCUCUAUGAAGCGGCAGGAUGGCUUUCACGCACAGAAGAUUCCAAUCCCGUGGCGGGCCAUCUGGUCAUCCAGUCCGUUCUACGCACUGUUGGUGGUACGGAGCGCUCAGGGCUGGGCCAACUCCACCAUGCAACUGCAGACACCGUCCUACAUGCACGGCGUCCUGGAGAUGGACAUUAAAAGCAACGCUCUCUACUCGGCCCUGCCCUUUCUGGCCAUGUGGGGUAUGUCGUAUGUAUACCUGGUUUUCGCAGAUGUGGCCAUGUCGAGGCAAUGGAUGUCCCUAACCACGCUGCGCAAGUCAAUUAACACCGUUUCCUAUUGGGGACCUGCGGCGGCCCUUAUUGGGAUUGGCUUUCUGGAUAAGAGCCAGACAACUCUGGCCAUCGCACUGAUGACAAUCAACGCUGGCCUAAAUGCUGGCUCUGGGAUUGGCAGCAUCCUGACCAUUAUCGACAUGUCCCCAAACCAUUCUGGAAUGCUAAUGGCAAUAGUGAAUGGCAUUGGCAACAUCUUUCCGCUCCUAACGCCGCUCUUAGUGGGAGUCAUUGUCACUGAAUCGGACUCACGAAGCCAGUGGCAGAUUGUGUUUGCCAUGACCGCUGUGGUUUUUUUCAUUGGCAACCUGGUGUACCUGAUUUGGGGCACCACUGAUCAGCAGGCGUGGGAUGCCGAAGACUAUUUGCAGGCGAAGGACCCGGAGAGCGAGUCAAAUGCCCAUCAAAUGGAGUUCAAGUCAAGGACGGAUUCAGAGGCUAAGGCAGAUAUAAAAGCAGAAUGAUUCGCGAAUGGAAUUCCGGGAUCGCGCCUGAAGCCGCAGGGAAGUGCGAAAUGAAAAUCUGAUCUAUCUGGCAAGCGCUGUCUGAAUGCAUAUUUGGCGUAGUAGAGUAUGCCAUUUUAAUUAAAAAUUCUUAAAACGUUUCGCUGCGCCCUUGUAUUUUAAUUUCUUGUUUGUACGCAUUUCUUUCGCUAACCGGCGAAAUUUAAUAGAAAAUCCUUACUAUUUCUUUGAAUGAAUUCAUUUUCUAUUUCUGCCCGCAUUUGCAUGCGAACAGCGCAGCGGGGCAGAUGGAAAGAGUAGAGCCAAACUACACUUAAAGUUGUCUUGUAAUCAAACAAUUGGCUUAAAAAGCUCUAUCUUUACUAUGGCCACUGUUUAAUUUAUAAACCAUUAUGCUCCUAUUAACAUUAGUUUUAGUUAUCAUGCGUUUAUCAUUCUAUCCAAAUGUAAUUUAAUAUAUUGUUUCGAUCUAGUUCGAUCUAUUACUCAAAAUAAUAGUAUUAAAAAUUUGGUUUUCAAAUACUUUCUUCAUACUCGCGUAAGGCAUGCUGGUUCCGGAUCAAAUUCGAUCUCUUCAGCGUAUGCCCGUUUUUCUUUUCAGUGCAGCUAAGGCAACAAGACACCAGCUCCGGCUUACCAACUGUCCGAACAACCCUCUCGACCCACCAAGACCAUUCCCAUUCCCAUCAGCAUGCUUAUCCUUGUCCUCGUCCUGGUCAGUCAGUCAACACUGAGCGGCGGAUGGCAAACAACAAGGAAAAAACUUUGCACACAAAUCAGAAAAAUGGACACUUGGUAGAAUUUAUGCACGAACGCGUGCGCACAGUACGUCGCAAGGAACCGCUCGCCAGUAGGCGGCAGAAGGCAACUGGACGACGAGUGAGCCUGCGGGGAUGGGGAGGACUCCUGCCAAAAGAGGCUUAUGGCCAGCAAGUGGCUGCGGCACGUUUUCCAGGCCCGACAAAAACCAAAACCGAAACCAAAACGAAAAUGUUUUUUCAAUUAAAAUCGUUGCGGAGCGAGCGAAAAAUUCAUUUGAAUUGCCCCAUCGCUGUCAUGUUCCCGCGACUACCUUCCUCUUUACCCACCCAUUGCUCCAAAUACCACCAAGCCGCACUGCCCCAAUGGAAAGUCAUAAAUGGCCCCUCGCCCAAACAUACGGCGAUACGGGUAUAUAAAAGUGCGUAUGGCACAAAAGCGCCAGGACUCGC